UUCUGCUCUGGACCACACCCACUCCCCCUCUCUCACUCACUAAACUGCAGGGCCAUCGGGACAAUUCCACGCACCGGGACCUUCUCCGCCGCCUCCCUUCAUAAUCACUCGCAGCUGGCUCAUUGCCAACACUACAUAUCUGCAGCGACCCGGACCUUUGGUGAGCAGGACUACCAAGCUAUUAUCAAAGGACUUUGAGCUCUUUCAGAUUCAUGGUUUGCUUUUGUAUGUGAAUUCCGCCUGCAAGCUCAGUGAGCCACGCGUUGUUGAGCAUUUAAGACGUGCACGAGUCCGUCGGGUUUUGUCUGUCUGGGACCUGUACAACAGCGCUUCCAGUGGUCACUGUUUCAUGAUUAGCUUAGUCAUGUUAGUCACGCAUUGUGUUGCAUAUAAGUCGUGCACUGCUGUCUCACCUUGUCCAGCCUUGCUCAUGAAUCACUGAGCAACUAUGACACAGAUGGGCUGAAAUCGACACAUUGCUCGACACCAUUUGACACAGUCAGAACAACGACAUUUGCUGGUUGUGUGUGAGAACUGCACCAGAGCAGACUGACCAUCAAACUCUCACUAAUACGUGGUUUAAUAUGAUGAUGUACCAACCUGCGGUCCGGUUGGUUACGUACAGUAAGGGACACACACACAGAAGGUGAAGAUGUUAACAAAUACACAAACACUGAGUUAUUUCUAUGACACUGUCUUCCAUUAUCCAUCUAACAGACCUGAAGCUGAUUUAAAGUGGUGUGUUAUGGUUUUUGGCGUUUGUGGGUUGUUUAUCCUGGUUGGUGUCUGUACCAUGUUUAGAUGAUGAUAGAUGAGCUUACAUUUUGUUAAUGUCACUUGCAAAAAGAUGUAGAUAUUUUGGAAAUACAGUGAAUGUUUGACACAUAUGUUUACAACCGUAUCACAUUGACCUUUUAGUAAUAAAAUUCUAUUACCAGUAUUUUAUGUUAUUGCUGUUGUUUAGUAACCAGUCAAAGCAUCUGUGUGACAUCUGGAUCUUGCUGACUUUGGUGAAUCCUGGUGGUUUAAUGAAGGACACAUGAAAGCCAUAGACCAAUUCACAGCCACACCAGAGGUGCCAGUUUACAGAGUUGAUGAGUUUCAAACAAGUCAUUUAAAUGUUUUUAAAGAGUGUUUCACAGAACAGUUACUGAAAAUGUCAUUCCGUCUGCAGCAUUUCUCCUUACUAACAGACAGUCACAAGAUGGAGACAGUAUCUGUUGUUAUAUAAUCCAACUAAUCUUAACUCAUAUUCUGGACCUUUAAGAUCAUCUCAGUAAAGUGUUCAGGCCAUAAAUAAUAGUUUGUACUUUAAAACUUGUAUUGUUCAUAACAAAUUACUAGAGAUAAUAAAUAAAUAUUUUUACAAUUUUUAAGAUGAGCCUUAAAGAAACGGUUAUUUUUGACCGGGAACACUUGUUUGUUUAACGUGAAAUGAACACAACACAUAGUUAGUUAGUGGAAAUACUUUCUGUCAGGUUCUGGUUCUGUUUUCAGUUUUAUUUUGAAAGUACUUUGUUGUUCAGCGAUAUCAUGUUUUGGGUUCCAGUUUCCAUUUCCUGUUUUUAUUUUGGUAGUCUCCCGGUUUCUGUUUUCGGUUCCAGCUUCACUUCCGGUUUACGUCAUGUCACAGCUGUCCCUGCUUCACCCGGUCAUUAUCCACACCUGCACUUCAUCAGUAAUCAAUUCACCUUGCAUUUAAGCACCACUUCUCACCCCAGUACCUCGCCAGAUCGUUGAUUCUAUGACCGCACGCUCCAGCAUCAUCUUAGUUCAGCUUAUCCUGUUCCGUACCUCUGACCAUCGUUUCUCGCCUGAUCCUGACCGGUUUUGUAAGUCUCUACUCUGAUGCUGAACUCUGCCUGUUUCUGGACCUGUCUGAGCCUGCCGAUUCUAGUUCUGAGACCAGAGCCUGUUACCGGACCCGAUUACGCUCCUUGUGUGCUGCUGCCUACCUGAGUAUGACUUGGACCGUCUGUGACCUGGAUUCUUGUAUUAAAUAUCACUUUAAUCCUGCCUCCCGUCUGCUGCGUCUGCACUGCGCAUUUGGGUUCUUUCUCUGCCGUUCCGUGACACUUUCUAUUUUCGUACCUGGGGUUAACGCUCAUGUUUCUCCUGGUCCAGGCUUUGUAACUUUAUUCAGGUCUUGUGCUUUUUGUCUGUCAUCGUAGCGCUGUGAUCCUAGAGGAACGUUUAUUUGUUUAACUUCAUACUCAACUGUUUACAGAUUGAAAUGACAUUAAAAAAAACUUUUCACUUUUUAUAUUAAACCUUUAAGCGAGUUCAUUCUGGGCCACUGCUUUUCUUUCAUUAUUUUAUGACUUACUGUAUGCAGCAGAUAUAAAAAGUGGUCACACUGCAUAAUUGUUCAAGGAAACAGUAAGAAUAUUACAACCUUUUAGGACUUACUGGCAAUAAUCUCUCCAACCAUUCUUAUUAUCUUAAAACCACCAACCAUUGUUUCUCAGACUCAUAAACAAAUAAACAACAAACAGGCCACAGUGUAUGUUGCUAAUGUUUAACCCGGCUCAUUUCCAGUUGGGAACCAUUUUAAUUAUUCUUUACCUUCUCUUUUCACACCUUUAAAUCUUUGGUGUAAAAUGUGAACAAACAAAUGUCUCUCUCUCACUUCAUGCACUCACUCACUGACUUUUGUUCUGACUAAAAGUUGAAUGUGUUGUGGCUCUAACUGGUUUUAUGGUUUACAUAACCACAACCCGUAAAUAUGUUGAUUUACUGCAUGUGAUGUGAUUAUAUUUCCUAUAAAAAUGAUAAAAUGUAGAUAUUGUAGAAAUACAGUGAAUGUUUGACACAUGUUUACAGACUGUAUCCAGUCCCUGAUCCAACCGUCCUGCCUGUGCUCUGUUGUUGCUUGUUGCUGUUGCUGUGCUUUUCUCUCUCUCUCUCUCUCUCUCCCCUCACCCCAACCGGUCGAGGCAGAUGGCCGCCCACAUCCAGCCUGGUUCUGCUGGAGGUUUCUUCCUCGUUAGAGAGAGAGAUUUCUCUCUCCACUGUUGCUGUCAAAUUAAAGGCUUGCUGAAUGUGUGAUCUGUUGGGUGUAAUGUCUCAAACCUUACUUUGUAAAAUGCCUUGAGAUAAAGAUGUUGUAAUUUGGCAUUAUAUAAAUAAAAUUGAAUUGAAUUAAAUGUAUCCGUAUCACACAGACAUUUUAGUAAUAACAUUCUAUUACCAGUAUUUUAUGUUGUUGUUGUUGUUUAGUAACCAGUCAAAGAAUCUGUGUGACAUCUGGAUCUUGCUGACUUUGGUUAAUCCUGGUGGUUUAAUGAAGGACACAUGACAGCCAUAGACCAAUUCACAGCCACACCAGAGGUGCCAGUUUACAGAGUUGAUGAGUUUCAAACAAUUCAUUUAAAUGUUUUCAAGAGUGUUAUACAGAACAGUUACUGAGAUGUCUGAGCUAAAUCCUGAGAAGAGAGCUUACUGCUGUAACAUUAUGAUCUGAUGAUUGAAUACACCAUAGUUUAACUGCUAUAGAGAAACAUGACUGCAUUUACUGUAUGACUGCUGUGAGGAUGUCUGAUCAUGACUGGGUCAGUUCAUGAUGAUGUAUCUGGGUGGAGACUUUUUGAGAUGCAGCUUCGUGGAGUCCUGACCGUCCUGUUAAUGAGUCUGUGCACAGCUCAUGGAUUAAGAUGCUACACAUGUAUUACCUCCGACCCUAAGAGCUGCACAGACAUAUUACCUUGUCCCCAAGAGUACGACCGUUGUACCUCCUUCACUCUGGACGAUGUCCUCUAUAAGGGCUGUAUGACCAGUAAUCUAUGUGUACCUCCAAUCUCGUGCUGUAAGGGAGACUUGUGCAAUGGGGCCAUACCUACUGGUCCCAGUGUCGUCCUCUUGCUGGUGUCCUCAGCCAUCAUCACACUCUUUAUCUGAUUGCCUGGAAAAGCUAGUUUCUAGUUGCAUUGAUAAACAAAACUAUAAUUUACAGUAAGAAGUACUGUUAAAAUGACUCAUUAAGUGAAAAUUAUAAAUGAGUACAUAAAGUAUGUACAAUCUUCAUACAAUAUGAAAUAAAAUAAAUAAACCCUGAAUAUUUUCUUUCACAUAUUCUUUGGUUUAAUG